CUUGAGUUUGAAGAUGACAAAGUUCCGCCCAUGCAUCGACCUGCACAGUGGUCAGGUGAAGCAGAUUGUGGGCGCGACGCUCAAGGAUGACGGGAGCGCCGUCACCAACUUUGUGGCUACACAAACAGCAGACCACUUUGCACGGCUCUACAAGCAGGAUGGACUAAGUGGUGCACAUGUGAUCAUGCUUGGCCCCAACAACGAAGAAGCAGCUAAGCUUGCGCUUGAGACGUGGCCUCAAGGACUGCAAGUUGGUGGCGGUAUCACCAUCGACAACGCUGAGCAGUGGCUGCAAGCCGGCGCAGACAAGUUGAUUGUGACGAGCUGGUUAUUUGAGGACGGUUGCUUCUCAGAGGAGCGUGCAAGGGCAUUGUGCGACCGCGUCGGCAGGGACCGUCUCGUGUUUGAUCUCAGCUGCCGCAAGAAAGCAGGAGAGGCUGGCUGGUUUGUCGCCAUCAAGCGGUGGCAAGUGGUCACAGACCUUCAGGUGGAUGAAGCCACGCUGCACCGGCUGUCGCAGUACUGCUGCGAAUUUCUCGUGCACGCAGCAGACGUGGAGGGCCUCUGCCAAGGCAUCGAUGAGGAGCUCGUUGCGUGCCUUGGCAAAUGGUCACCAAUACCAUGCACCUAUGCAGGCGGUGCCAAGGACGUGGCUGACCUUGACAGAGUGGCAGCGCUGAGCGAUGGACAAGUUGAUCUCACGUUUGGGAGUGCAUUGGACAUCUUUGGAGGAUCACUGGUUCGAUACGAAGACUGCGUUGCAUGGAACAAAGCGCACUGAUGCGUUGCGCGGGACAGAUGAUGCUGCUUUGCAAGUAUGUAGCAGUUGUCGUUGUUGUUUUGCUUUGCGAGAAACAUUUUGACCGAGUAAAGGGACUACCACGCGCCUUUGAAAAAGAG